UGGCAUGUAGCCUAGUGGCUGAGUUAAGAGAGGAUCCCCACUACAGGGGUGACUAUUUUUAUAGGAUAAUACAAAAUAUAAAAUAUAAUGUAGGCCUAGUUGCAGCAGGGAACUUGUUGUCUGUGACUGUCAUGUGAAGUGUAAGUGUGUAACAUGACUCAGAGCGUCACAGGCGGAAGGUCACGGAGCAGCAGAACGGAACGGAAGCGGGAGUAAAAAGCCUAUCCGCCAUUGUGGAAAAUGACCCAGCAGAGUCGCCGAUUGUAAGAAGCAGACGCGCCGGAGGAAAACGGAACAUUGUAGCCGCGAGAGAGUGAUUGGACAGCCGGAGAGACGAGCCAGGAAAGCACCGAAGUGCAGAGAGAGGCAGGGGGGAAGAAGCCGUGGACAGUCUCACACACAGCUAUCAGUUUCGGUUCCUGGAGGAUGUCUGCAACCACAGUCGAUCAGAGACCCAAAGGACAAGGAAAUAAAGUGCAAAACGGAUCAAUGCAUCAAAAGGAUGGAGUCAACGAUGAUGACUUUGAGCCUUAUCUAGGCGGCCAGACAAAUCAGAAUAACAGCUACCAACCAAUGUCUGACCCCUACAUGCCCAGCUACUAUGCUCCAUCCAUUGGUUUCCCUUACUCUCUGGGAGAGGCCGCCUGGUCCACAGCAGGAGACCCCCCUAUGCCCUACCUGACCACCUAUGGACAGAUGAGCAAUGGCGAGCCUCACUUCCUCCCUGACGGUGUGUUUAGCCAGCCCGGUGCCCUGGGGAACACCCCCCCCUUCCUGGGCCAGCAUGGCUUCAACUUCUUCCCUGGUAAUGCAGACUUUUCCACCUGGGGAACCAGUGUCUCUCAGGGCCAGUCCACCCAGAGCUCGGUCUACAGUAACAGCUACGGUUACGCCCCCAGCUCUCUGGGUCGGGCCAUCACGGACGGACAGGCGGGCUUUGGAAGCGACACCCAGCUGAGUAAAGUCCCGAUGCUCAACAGCAUUGAGCAAGGUAUGACAGGCUUGAAACUGGGUACGGACAUGGUGGCAGCUGUCACCAAAACCGUGGGCUCCCCACUGGGCACAGCAGGUAUGAGCAGCAUGGCAGCCAAUAGCCUCCCUCCGCCUGUGAGCUCCUCCGCCCCGAAACCUGCCUCCUGGGCGGCCAUCGCCAAGAAGCCGGCCAAGCCGCAGCCGAAGGUCAAACCCAAAGCCAACAUGGGGAUGGGAGGAGGCGCCAUUCCCCCGCCCCCCAUAAAGCACAAUAUGAACAUUGGUACUUGGGACGAUAAGGGCUCAAUGAACAAGCCCCCCUUAGCUCAGAAUAUGAUGCCCCCGCAGCCCAUGAUGCAGCAGCCUCUCCUAGCUCAGCCCCAGCCCUUGCUGCAGAACCCGUUGCCCCCUCAGCCCCAACACCAUCACCAACAUCAACAACAUCACCAACAACAUCAACAUCACCAACAACAUCAACAUCACCAACAACAACAACAUCAUCAACAACAACAACAACAUCAUCAACACCAGCCCCAACACCAACAUCAACACCAGCCCCAACACCAACAUCAACACCAGCCCUUCCAGCUCCACUCUCUCCAGUCCCCCCAGCACCCCCAGCAUAUGCCCCCUGGCCCCCCUCACAUGCACCUCUCCUCUCAACCUGGCCCCCCACAGCCCCUCCAUCAGCAGCAGCCCCAGCAGCCCGGUCCACCCCCCAACCGCUGGGUGGCUCCCAGGAACCGUGGUGAGGGCUUCGGUAUGGUUGGGGGAGUCCCCCUGAAUGCCUCCCCCUGCUCCGGUGAGGUGCACCCCGUGCUGGAGAAGCUGCGCGCCCUCAACAACUACAACCCCAAAGACUUUGACUGGAGCUUGAAAAACGGGCGCGUUUUCAUUAUCAAGAGCUAUUCUGAAGACGACAUCCACCGCUCCAUCAAGUACUCCAUCUGGUGCAGCACAGAACAUGGCAACAAGCGUCUGGACGGUGCCUACCGCUCGCUGGGCAACAAGGGCCCCCUGUACCUGUUGUUCAGCGUCAACGGCAGCGGGCACUUCUGCGGCGUGGCCGAGAUGCGCUCCCCGGUGGACUACAAUGCCUACGCGGGCGUCUGGUCUCAGGACAAGUGGAAGGGCAAGUUCGAGGUGAAGUGGGCGUUCAUCAAAGACGUGCCCAACAACCAGCUGCGACACAUCCGGCUGGAGAACAAUGACAACAAGCCGGUGACCAACUCCAGGGACACUCAGGAAGUGCCUCUGGAGAAGGCCAAACAAGUGCUUAAAAUUAUCGCCACUUUCAAGCAUACCACCUCAAUCUUUGAUGACUUUGCACAUUACGAGAAACGUCAGGAAGAGGAGGAGGCUUUGAGGAAGGAGCGCAAUAGAAAUAAACAGUAAUCUCAAGCAAGCUCUCUGCUAGAACUGCAACACUAAUGACGUAGGACCUUACAUAAAAUUUGCCUAACCACGAAAGGAGGAAAGGCUCUCACAACUCUUUCCGCUGAAGACGACAAUGUAUGUGAACACUUGACAAUAGAUGGACUCAUCCGUAUCCGUUGACUGGUGCAUCAAACCCCGUGUUCCUGUCUCACGAGAAAAGAGCGUAACCCACUUUGAAAACUGUCUCUAAAGCACUUUCAGUCCUCCUAAACGGCCUCUACCAAUACCCUUAACUCUCUAACUCUGUGUUCUUCUUCUUCUUUGAUUUUGUUUAUGAGCAACUAACUGACUAACCGAAGUAGUCAGAAGAUUUCACCGGGCUUAUUUGUAAUUUUCUUUUAAUGCCUCAAAUGUUUGGGAUAUUGGUGAGCCUCGUCAGCUCCUGAGGAGAAUUAAAGACAUGAAUUUGACUUGAAUCUGUAUUCAGGCGUCUGACCCUCCUCAGACAGAGGUUUGGAUGAUUGACAGGUUGGGAUGAGAUAAUUGGGAAACAACUACAAUCAUGCCAAUCAUAGGAAGUGUCCUCCCUCUACCUGUUCCCCUUCUUUUUCUGCAUCUGUUUCUGUGUACCAAAAGAUUACAUUAUGCAGCGGGCUGGCGAGCUCCGGUCAGUGCACAUCUUUGGUUUUUCUCUCUUGUGGUUCUGUCAUUCUGAAGUGCAUUUGUCUGAGGAGAAAAGCUGCUGCUCUGAUGUUGAUGUACUUUUCGGUACAAAAGCUCAGGCUGUCCUCAACAACUCCAUGCACUUUUGGGAGAAUCCCCCACACCGCCCCCCCCCCCUGCUCGGUCCGAGGGGCUUCCCCCAAAACGGCAACUGCAAGGAUGUGACAGUUUUCUCCUCUAGAUAACUCACUAGCUAAAUAAAAAUUAUCCAUGUUUAGCGCAAAAUCUUGCUUUCGUGUUUUUACUCAUUUGCCUCAGAAAUGUAUACAUUGACUCACGCACAUUAAAGUAUAAACUCUCCUCCUACAGUGCAAGCCUCCCUUUUCUAUCUGCAUAUAAAUAAACCAUACAGUAGCAGCAGCUCUAUUUCUGCUUUGCAUAUUACAGACAGUGAGUGUGUCAGGGUUUGGUUUGACAUUUAAAGUAUAACAGUGUACAGUAUAUAGACGUGAAGAUGACAUCAUGCCGGCUAUGUGGGAGGCAGUCUAAAGUAGUUUACAACACAGCUGCAGGCCUAACAACAAAUACUUGCAUACAUUACAAAGACAUACAGGAAGUGGUGGAAAGUAAUAGAAUAUUUUACUCUACUCCACCAUAUAUAUUUAAUAGUUACUUUCCAGGUUAGGAUUUUACACUUAAACAUACAAUAAUUGUAUAAAACUAACACAUUGUCCCAGAUGAAACCAAUUGGCUUUUUUAGGAAAUGGUUUCUUUUGAAUAACUUUAAAUUAUCCAAUAUUUCAUUUAAGAAAUUGCUUAAAGGAGAAAUUAAACUAGUGCAGAGGGCAGGAUACAUACUACUUAGAAUUAUAUUAUGACAUGUUUUGACAUAUAAGAUUAUGUAGAAAUCUGUCAAUUAUUAUCUAAAAAUAAAAUGUAUACUGUGAUGAUAGAAUAUAAAAAGUUACCAGGACAGAUAACAAAUAUAAUAAGUGUGUUUAAUUCUAUAGCUACUUUGAGGGCAGAUGUCACAAAGGGCUUCACAACAAUAGGCAAAAUAACAGAAAUGAAAUAAUGGCAAGAAAAAAAUAUAAAAUACUAAAAAAAACGAAACAUUGAUAGGUCUUAAAAAAUGAGCAUUGAGUUGCUUUUAAAAGCAGGUAUAAUGUAUGUUAACAUAGACAGACUUGCGUCCUAUAAAAGCAGACAUAACGAUAGCAUGCAUUUACAAAAUAAUACUGUUAUUACAAUACAUUUUCAUUGUGCGUUUUACACUUGUGCCAAGGGUUUAUGUAUGUCAUGUAUUGUAUAAUAAAAUAAAUUGACAAUGAGUGAUUUCAUUAUCUUAAACAUGAA